ACUCCGGCUCUGGCUGCCAUGGACCGGCUGGCGAGCGCCCGCGCGCGGCUGCAGGAGUGGGAACGCGCUUUCGCACGGCUGCACGGGAGACGGCCGGCGCAGGAGGAUGUGGAGGCGGCACCCGAGGAGACCCGCGCGCUCUACCGUGAGUACCGGAACCUAAAACAGGCAGCGCGCCAGGCUCAGGACGGACACCCCAUCCCAGAGCAGUCUCUCGCCGCCGAGGCGGCUGAGGAGGCGCAGGAGCCUAGCUGCUGGGGUCCCCACCUGAAUCGAGCUGCAGCCCAGAAUACACAGCCUAUGCCCAGGCAGAGACCAUGGAGUUCAGUACAAGACUAUGGGAAGAGGCUCAAAGCCAAUCUGAAAAAAACAAAGCUACAGACUAGGCCAACCCUGAGCCCCAAACUCCAGCCUCAGAAGAGAUCCUUGUCCACAGUGCCCAACCGAAAGCCGCCAGACCCGAGGACCUGUCCAGAUGAAACUAAUGAUGAACUUCCUCGGCCUCCUGAGCCCCAGCCAAGGCUAGGCCAGCUCCAACAGCUUCAGGCCUCCCUGAGCCUGAGGCUGAGUUCCCUAGACCCUGGCUGGUUGGAGCGGUGUCGGGAUGGGGUUUCAGAGGUUCCCAGUGCCUGUGGGCUUGACCUGGAUGCAAAGGAGUCACAACCUCAGAUAUCAGGCAAGGUGAAUGUCCUUGAUCCUGGUAUCCAUUCAGAAGGAUCUUCACAGAGCCCAGAGGCCCUAGCCCUGCAGCCACAGAGCCCCAAAUCCAGCAACAAUAAAGACAGGAAACGGAAAUGGAGUGAGAAUUCUGAGGACUUUGAACAAGCCCAGGACAGCAGCCAAGCGGAACUGCUAUCUGAGGGAGCCAGGGCUGCGGCACAUGAGAAAGACCCUCCAGGAGAGCCUGCACAAGUGAAUGCAUCUCAGCCCCGCAAGUCCUCAAAUCAGGCCAGGACAGAGAAGGCUGAGGGCACAGCCCAGCUCCCCAGCUCCCCGCGACCAGCUUUCCUGGACAGAGGGAACUACGUUCGGCUCAACAUGAAACAGAAAUGUUACGUACGAGUUGGGGCCAAUCGAGGCAGGCUUCUCCGAAAGCAGGUCUGGAAGCAAAAGUGGAAGAAGAAAAGAGAGCAGUUUGGGGGCAGUGGACCCAGAGCCACAGUCAAGGACACUUGUUUCCGGUGUGGACAAGCUGGUCACUGGGCAUCCCAGUGCUCCCAGCCAGGCUCCACCCUGACCUUCCAGGAGGAAGGCGGCAGGGAUGACAAACAGCCCGUUCCCGCUUUGGAAGAAGUAGCACAGAUGACAGGCAUUACUUCCUGUCACCUCUCUGGUGAGGACACAGAACCUGAUGGGCCAAAGCUACAAGUACCCUGUCCGCCCCGCCCAGUGUUGCCCCUCUACCCACCAGGGCCCUUGGGGCAGGUAGCAGAAAGCCCUGCUGAGGUGUUCCAGGCCCUACAGCAGCUAGGGCACCACGCCUUCCGCCCCGGACAAGAACGUGCAGUCAUGCGGAUUCUUUCUGGUAGGUGCGGCUGCCUAGGACCUGCACCGGGCUGUGUCCGGCCAGUUGAGCCUCAAAGCUGCCUUUUGUCCUGUCCAGGCAUCUCCACUCUGUUAGUGAUGCCCACGGGCACUGGCAAGUCUCUCUGCUACCAACUCCCUGCGCUGCUCUAUGCCCGGCGAAGCCCCUGCCUCACCCUGGUGGUCUCUCCUCUCCUGUCACUCAUGGAUGACCAGGUGUCUGACCUGCCUUUGUGUCUGAAGGCAGCUUGCCUCCACUCAGGUAUGACCAAGAAACAACGAGAAUCUGUCUUGAAAAAGGUGAAGGCAGCCCAGGUGCAUGUGCUGAUUGUGUCCCCCGAGGCCUUGGUCGGGUGUGGGGCCAGCUUCCCCCAGGCCACUCAGCUGCCUCCAGUUGCCUUCGCCUGCAUUGACGAGGUCCACUGCCUCUCUCAGUGGUCCCACAACUUCCGGCCCUGCUACCUGCGUGUAUGCAAAGUACUCCGGGAGCAUAUGGGUGUGCGCUGCUUUUUGGGUCUCACAGCCACAGCCACGCGAAGCACUGCGCGUGAUGUGGCCCAGCACCUGGGCAUAACUAGAGAGCUUGAGCUCGGUGGGUUAGCCUCCAUUCCUGCCAACCUGCACCUCUCCGUGUCCAUGGACAGAGACUCAGACCAGGCUCUGGUGACACUGCUGCGAGGUGACCGUUUUCGCACCCUGGAUUCUAUUAUCAUUUACUGCACUCGGCGGAAGGACACAGAACGGGUGGCUGCCCUCCUCCGGACCUGCCUGUCUGCGGUGACGGAUCCAAGGCCUAAAGGUAGACGUGGGUGGGGUCCGGCCCCCAGAGACCCUUUCCUCUGCGUGCCUGCUGUGGUCCCCUCAACCGCUUGUACACCUUUCUCUAAAGGUUGUGGCCCUGAGGCUGUAGCCGAAGCAUACCAUGCUGGCAUGUGCGGCCAGGAACGGCGACGCGUGCAGCAGGCCUUCAUGCAGGGCCACCUGCGGGUGGUGGUGGCCACCGUAGCCUUCGGGAUGGGGCUGGACCGGCCAGAUGUUCGGGCUGUGCUACACCUGGGGCUGCCUCCCAGCUUCGAGAGCUACGUGCAAGCUAUUGGCCGUGCGGGACGUGAUGGGAAGCCUGCCCACUGCCACCUGUUCCUGCAGCCCCAGGGUGAAGACCUUUGGGAACUGCGCAGACAUGCCCAUGCUGAUGGCACUGACUUCUGGGCUGUGAAGAGAUUGGUGCAGCGUGUGUUCCCGCCCUGCACGUGCACCCCGAGGCCUGUGACCAAAUCCCUGCUUGAGGAGGCCAGAGAGCACGAUGGCCAGCCAGUACCCCCUGAAGUGGGACCGGCCUGCCCGGGCCAUAAGCGGGCGCUCCCGGUGCAGUCCACAGUACAGGCUCUGGACAUGACAGAGGAGGGUAAGGAGCCGCGAAGAUGCGGGGAUGGGAGGGAGAGGCUACCCCCACAGCGCCUGAGCCUUCCUCUGCCUCUAGCUAUUGAGACUCUGCUGUGCUACCUGGAACUACACCCUCGCCACUGGCUGCAGCUGCUGCCAUGCACCUAUGCCCACUGCCAUCUGCGCUGCCCUGGGGGCCGUGCCCAGCUGCAAGCUCUGGCCCACAGGUGUCCCCCCUUGACUGCAUGCUGGGCCAAGUGGCCACCUACAGAGACACAUCAGGGCAGCAGCUCCUUCGAGUUUGACAUGGUGGAGCUGGCAGACUCGAUGGGCUGGGAGCUGGCCUCUGUACGGCGGGCUCUCCACCAGCUGCAGUGGGACCAACAGCCAAAGAGAGGUGCGCCACGGGGCACAGGGGUGCAUGUGGAGUUCAGCGAGUUGGCCUUUUACCUGCACAGUCCUGGAGACCUGACAGAUGAGGAGAAGGACCAGAUCUGUGACUUUCUGUACAGCCGUGUGCAGGCUCGUGAACGCAAGGCCCUGACCCAUCUACGCCACAUAUCUAAGGCCUUUCGCAGUGUGGCCUUCCCCAGUUGUGGACCCUGUCUAGAGCAGUGUGAUGAGGAGCGCAGCAACCAGUUGAAGACCUUGCUCAGCCACUACUUUGAGGAAGAGGAAUCUGUGAAGGAUGAGCAGGGUCCAGAGCCCGGGCAGAAUGAGCUUCAGGACUGGGAGGACCAUAUUCGUCGUGAUAUCCGUCAGCUCCUGUCUGUGAGGCCAGAGGAAAGGUUUUCAGGACGGGCUGUGGCCCGCAUCUUCCAUGGCAUUGCAAGUCCAUGCUACCCAGCCCAGGUAUAUGGGCAGGACCGGCGCUUCUGGAGAAAGUAUCUACAUCUGAACUUCCACGCCCUGAUGCGCCUGGCUACAGAAGAGCUCCUGCUGAUAGGCCGAUAACCACCCUCCAUGGGAGAGUGCUACAUGAUGGAGACAUGAGGCAAGCCAGACUGUGGCCACUACAGAGAGGGUAUCAGGUUCAUCUGCUCAUCAAGGCGAUGAUGUAGCCAUCACUGACCAGUAGGCAAAACCUCCCCGCUGCAGGCAGGGAACAAGAAGAUCCAAAGUGCCAAAUAAAAAGCAUUCAGUAA